CCUGUUAAUCACACAUAUAACCAUGCACAAACUCGACUACUAUGGCGGCUAGGACCGGUCGAAUCUCAUUGUCAAUCCUCGAUCUCAUCGACCAUGGCCUCUUCCACCCUCCGCAGCCUCGCCGCCGCCGGCGGUGCUGUGCCCACGGCAGCGCUAGGACUAUUAAUCCUAUGCGUCGCCCUUCCUGCGCCUGCUGUCGUAGUGGCCGUCGACGGCAGCUGCAACCUGACCGCCGGGUUCGUCCAGGUGGAGCUCCCGGAGGGCAACUUUUUGGUGCAGAGCCCCUACGACGUGGCGGAGAACCAGCGCUACAGCUACGACCUCGCCACCGGCGUGCGCACGUUCUGGGUGUACGCCGACGACGAGCCCUUCAACACCGUCACCGCCACCAAUCCUCGCACCGAAGUCCGCCUCGCCGGCCAUGACUACUCGUCGGGGGUGUGGCAGUUCGAGGGCUACGGGUACGUGCCGUCGGGGACGUCGGGCGCGUCGGUGAUGCAGAUCCACAACGAGGACGGCGCGGCGCACGCCACCACGCUGAUGCUCCACGUGUACAACGGCACGCUGCGGUACUACAGCGGGGAGGCCGUGGAGGACUGCAUCUACGACCGGUGGUUCCGGCUCAAUGUCGUGCACGACGUCGGCGCGUCGACGGUGGCCGUGUACGUCGACGGCGCGCCGAGGCUCGCCGUCGACGUGACGCCGAGCGCGUUGCACUACUUCAAGUUCGGCGUGUACGUGCAGCACCACGACGUGUCGCCGCGCGUGGAGUCGCGCUGGAGGAACGUGACCGUCUAUACCAAGCCCUACUAGUUUGCUACACGUACCAAGCACUGCUCUUUAUAGUCCCUAAAAAGCCUCUAAAAGAUUAAAAAUCAAGUAUGUUUUUGUCAUCGUAUUUUGAGGAGACAUGUUUCUAUUUUUAAUCCGGAAUGAGCU